AAAAUCAAAACCACCAUCUUGCAGGAAGAAGAAGAAAUCCAAGCCAAAAUUCCAGCUGGCCCCUCCCACUACUCCCCAACUCCCAACCCGCACCCUUUCCCUCUUACCCAAAAGUCCAAAACCCAUUUUUUUUUUAUUCCGAUUUUUUAAUUCAAAUCCUAUUCACUCCGUUACUCCAAAGGGGCAGCCCACUAAAUCAAACAAACAAAAAAGGGGAAAAAGGAAAGAAAGAUUUUUUUUUUGAUCGAUGCAGAGGAGGAAGGCGAUGACUUGGUCGCGGGUGGCGAAAUCGGCACAGGCGCUGGCUGCACACGGUUUCCUCUUUUGCUUCACCUUCUUCCUCGCACUCAAGGUCGACGGCCGUACUACUUAUUCUUGGUGGAUUAUUUUUGUCCCGCUUUGGCUGUUUCACACUGUUGUUGCACGGGGAAGGUUCUCCUUGCCUGCUCCAUCAGUGCCUCACGAUCGGCAUUGGGCACCUUGUCAUGCUGUUGUUGCUACACCACUGCUAGUUGCAUUCGAGCUACUUCUUUGUAUAUACCUUGAGAGCUUGAAGGUUUACGAGCACCCUGCUCUGAAUUUAAAGAUUGUUUUCCUUCCUCUCUUAGCCUUUGAAGUGAUCAUUCUUGCUGACAAUUUCAGAAUGUGUAAAGCUCUGAUGCCGGGAGAUGAAGAAAGUAUGAGCGAUGAAGCUAUAUGGGAGACGCUUCCUCACUUUUGGGUCGCGAUUUCCAUGGUGUUCCUUGUAGCAGCUACGACUUUCACACUGCUUAAAUUAUGUGGUGAUGUAGGUGCCUUGGGCUGGUGGGACUUAUUUAUAAACUUCGGAAUUGCAGAAUGUUUUGCUUUUCUCGUUUGUACAAAAUGGUCUAACCCGAUGAUACAUAGACGCCCUAACCAUAGUGAAGCUAGUUCGUCUUCUUCAGCAAUUAGAUAUCGUGAUUGGAAUAGUGGCCUAAUGUUUUCUUCAAUAGAGGACAGUGACCAGGACAGACUGUGUGGCCUGCAAGACAUAGGCGGCCACAUUAUGAAAGUUCCACUUGUUGCUUUCCAAGUUCUGCUAUGUAUGCGGUUAGAGGGUACGCCACCUGGUGCUCGACAUAUCCCAAUUUUCGCUCUUUUCUCUCCACUCUUUCUUUUGCAAGGUGCUGGUGUCCUAUUCACUCUAUCAAGACUACUGGAGAAGCUGGUUCUUUUGCUGCGCAGUGGAUCCUUUACACAAAGAUAUCUCACAAUUUCAUCCAGAACUAAUGAUUGUUUCGCUUUCCUACAUCAUGGUUCAAGAUUGCUAGGUUGGUGGUCCAUUGAUGAAGGUAGCAAAGAAGAACAAGCUCGGCUUUUCCAAGAUAAAUCAACUGGGUAUAACACUUUUUGUGGUUAUCCCCCUGAGGUGGUGAAGAAAAUGCCUAAGAAGGAUCUUGCUGAGGAGGUUUGGCGGCUACAAGCUGCUUUGGGAGAACAAUCUGAAAUCACCAAGUAUAGUCAGCAAGAAUACGAAAGGCUUCAAAAUGAAAAGGUGCUCUGCAGAAUUUGCUUUGAAGGGGAAAUAUGCAUGGUUCUUCUUCCAUGUCGACACCGCACCCUAUGCAAGGCUUGUUCUGACAAGUGUAAGAAAUGCCCCAUCUGCCGUGUCUCAAUUGAGGAGCGCAUGCCUGUGUAUGACGUAUAAGAUCCUGACUUCUAUGGGUCCUUCCAAAUACCAGAAUGGAGGUGUUAAUUGUAUAUACAUAGAUAAAAAUUUUAACUGCAUACUUACGCAAGCACAGGUUUCUUUUUUGCGUGCGUGGUGUCUAUGUUCAAGGUUAUAUUUCCCUUGUCCAUUAUGUGUAUAUAAAUUUAUACUGUGGCCGUGGUUGUAUUCAUCAGUGAUGCGUUUUUGAAAUUCAGAAAGCUGGGUGAAUACAGUGUUGCUGUGCGUAAUGAAUUAUAGUUGUUACCCUUUGCCUUCAUGUAAAUAUAUGGUAUUUACCUUC